GCGGAGAUCACGGAGACCAUCAUGGGAAGUUGUGGUGGAUCGCUGGAGAUGUAAACAUUUUCCUGUGAGCUGUGUUUCCCCGGCGUGCUUCGCAGCAUCAUUUACCACCCGAAUGCCGCCUUAGAAAAUGAUGCAGGACCUCCUGAAAGUGCUGCCUGAUGACUUGCCGAUAACCGACGUCUGUAUAAUUGAGGAUCCGCAGAAUUGCCCUCCUGGAUAUCAUGUGGUGGACAAAACUUUUGACCAAGACACUGAUGCUGACCUCUGGAAGGACCGUUUCUUCGGGCGUCGGAUUACUCGAUACAUCUGCUACUCAAAGGCCCACCAUGCAGAAUGUGUUCAGUCUUUGUUGGUUGUGGCUGACAAGGAGGUGCCACCUGAGGGCCAUAUCGUCAUGAAUUCUACAAAAGAUACAGAUCAGCGUGCCAUGAAGAAGAAGCUCCUUUGUUACAAGAUGGUUGCAAGAGACACUGCUGGUGAAGCGGUUUCUGACAUUAUUGUUCUCAGCAAAUCACGAAAACCUCCAGAUGGUUUUGUGUUAGCUGGGGAGGUCAACAGCUUACUUAUAGGCUACAAGCUGACAACUGUGGCGCCUAUCAAUGGGAGGAAGAACAGCUACCAUCAGCCUCCCUUGCCACCCCUGCCUUAUCCGCUGCCCUCUCAUGUGGAUGACAACCUCCAAAAGAAGUCUCCCGGCGGGCGCGUGUGCCAGCGUGGGAAAUCCUUGCAGAAGUCUGCUAUAGAUGAUGUACCGUUUGAAGUGAAUCCAAAGUACCGGGCCAUGUUUAGACUCUCCGAGUUCACCAUGCCAAACAUUAGGAUCAAGACAGCUAAUGAAAUCUUUGAGGAGUACAAUUAUAACUUUCAAGUGGAACGCCAAGCUCAACAGACCUGACUCGCAGAGAAGCUGCCAACCAUCACCCCUACCACCAUUUCUUCCUACCUGAACAGGGCCCCCUCCCCCAACAUCUCCAGCAUUGACCUACUACUACUACUACUAUUAGUUGUAGUUUUUUCUAACUAUGAGAUGAACACAGUAGUGGAAACAAGGUGGUUUUUGGCAUUAUACACUGAAGUACCAUGAAAGCAGCAGUGCUGCAGCAAGACUGAAGACACCCGAGUCAGCCAUUUGAGCAGUUACACGUGCAGUGUGCUUGCAUUGCAUCAGGGAGCUUUCUCAGCUCAGUUCAUUUUACUUGCUAACAGUGAUUUCCUUUGUGCUUGUAGUGCCAACACUUGGUUUCAGCUAUUAUGUUAAUGACACCGUCCUUUAGGCAUUGCAUUUAUGUGCAUUUUAUUGUCUCCUGGGCCACUAUUUUGUAGCGAUGCCUUUUCUGAUGCCUUUUCACAGUCAUCAUGGUCAGAUCAACAGUCUGCCCAUGUUAAUGGAAUCAGCUGGCUGUAAGCAGCAAAUUGUAACACUAGCAUAGCAUUGAGCAGAAAGCACCAUUACAAGAUAGUGGUCCUGUAUUGAAAACAUGCCAUCUUCUGGUGCCGUGUGCCCACCAGUGUUUUUCGUGAAAUAGUUCCACUAUUCUUUCUCGUACUGUGGAACAGAUCCUGUAGGUUUUCAGAUGUUUUGCAUGUUUUUUUCCCUCAGUUCUUCACUUUAUGUCAUCUGUGCUCGCUAUUGCUUUUAAUGGAGCGAAAAAAAUCAUACGCUGUGACUGACAGUCCUCUUACAAUAAAGUUGUCGAUACCCAUGG